CUUCGAGAUAUGUGGGAGCCAAAGCAUGAACCAUGUUCGCCUGCUGAAGAUUGUUUCAACAUUCCCAGUGCUAGGAACUAAGUCUUGGCUGGAAGCCAGCCCCAAUAGUCCUAAUCUAGACCGAGCCAUCCCCUGAGCAGCCUCAUGUCCCGCUCUUGUUACACUUGCCGCCGGAGGCGCGUUGAAUGUGACAUGUCUCAGCCGCCUUGCAGCAAAUGCACAAAGGCUGGGCUAGAGUGCUUCCAAAAAAGACCCCUCAGAUGGGUCGAGGGUUCAGCUUUUCGGGGGAAGCCGAAACCCGCUUCAGCCAAGAUUACUUUGGUGUCUUCGACGGCAACGGACAAGUCGCCGUUGGGCAGCAAUGGGAAUAUCCUUACUGCAACAUUGACUCGUGCAGACGAAACGGGGACUGAUAAUCACGAAGGUCCGUUCGAUGUCCUCGGCAUACCGUCCGGUCUAGAUGACCCUUCCAUAAACAGGCUAGAUAAAACCUCGAGAUAUUACUUGUAUUAUUAUAGCAAAUGCGUGUGCAAGUUGUUUAUUAUGUACGAUAGCAACAGAAACCCUUUGCGAAAAUUGAUACCUGCUGCCCUAGAAGAGCCGGUUCUGUUGAUGUCGGUUGUGGCACUUUCAGCACAGCACAUGGCAAACACUGCCCGACGGUUCUAUAGCUCGGACGGUGCAACAUAUGUUGGGGCUGAGUCUGCCGACGCUCAUCACAGUGCUCUUCACUACAAGUACCAGGCCAUACAAGGACUCUCACGCGCGGUGAAUGAUGCGAGACUAUGCCGGCGAGAUCUCACGGUUGCGAGCGCAUUCCUUCUGAUCUUUCUGGAUCUCUUGGAAUCAGGAAGCGAUAACUGGAACUUUCAUCUGGAAGGUAUCAAAAGUUUAAUCAACUCGAUUUCCCAAUCCGAGGGACCACAUACAGCCCAGCACGGCAUGGAAGCUACUGUCCAGGAACUGCGUGACUUCAUUGUCAGACAGAUGUAUCUAAUUGACACCCUUGGAGCAACCUGCACGCGUCCGAGACUAUUAUCCAGGACGACUCUGCCGCAGUCAGUCAAGCCGCUUCAAAUGAGAGUCGACAAGGCGUAUCUCGGAUGUCCUGAUGAUUUGCUAGACGCCCUGCGGUUAUUCUCAACUUCUAGAGAUGUCAUGGCGAGUUCAAAGUCCAUUGAAAAUGCUGAAAUGUAUCCCGACGCUGAGAAAGUAAGAAUUGCGCUCGAGUCUACGCGGAACUUUGAUGGCUAUGCCUGGGCAGCCGGUUUACCUCAUCCCGAUCAGUCAUCAAUACGAUCUGUGAUGCUUGGCAAGUUGGCGCAAUCAUACAAACUCGGGUCUUUGAUCUACGGCACACGAGUCCUUGAUGCACUAACCGGAAGUACCACUUCCCUAGAAGAUGUACUUCAUGAAUUGAUUGAUACUAUUGACGCACUGAAAAGCGACGAUGCACUGUUCAAAUGUAUACUCUGGCCCAUGUUUUCUGUGAUCAACUACCUUGAGAGAUUCUGGUUUGAGACCAAGUGCAUCAAUGUGGUCAAUGCGGCAAAUCUUUUACGACAGUUCUGGAAGCAGGACGAAUGCGGCACAAUAUGCUCAUUUCGAUGGAUUUUCAAUAUUGGCCAGAUCGAGGGUGACUGGCUUUUUAUAUGA